UGAGGGAAGGAGGAAGGGACGGGUGUUGUUCGACUCUCUUGCUUCAUACAGAAAAUACCCGGAUGUAGCUGCUCACUGGAGCGGUGGAGGAGAGGCGCGCAUGCGCAGGAGGAUCCUCGUCUUUCUUCUUGGACUUGGACGACGUCCUGGCUGCUGUUUCGGGGCUGAAGGGAGGCAGGCAGGCAGGGAAGGAGGGGCCUGGCCGGAGCCCACCCUGCUUCGCCGGGGGAGGUGGCUAUGUCAGCUGAGGCCACCACAGACCAGGUCUCACCCCUGGAGAAUUGUGCACCGCUGGUCCCAACCCAACAACGACGGGAUGGCGGUGGAGGGGCAGCUGGCGUGACCUUUGACCUCAAACCCCUGAACCCCAGCAGCAAAUAUGUCAAGCUCAAUGUGGGAGGGUCCCUGCAUUACACCACCGUGCAGACCCUCACCAAACAAGACACCAUGCUCAAAGCAAUGUUCAGCGGCCGGAUGGAGGUGCUCACAGAUAGUGAAGGAUGGAUCUUGAUUGACCGAAGUGGGCGCCAUUUUGGAACCAUCCUAAACUACUUGAGAGAUGGCUCUGUAUCCCUCCCAGAGUCCCAGAGGGAGCUGGAGGAAGUGCUGUGUGAAGCCCGGUACUACCUGAUACAGGGUUUGGUUGAGGACUGCCAGCUUGCCCUACAGCAAAAGAGUGAAGCCUAUGACCCCCUCUGCCACAUCCCCAUGGUGACAUCUCCCAAAGAAGAGCAACAGAUCAUCUCGAGCUGUACCAAGCCUGUGGUGAAGUUACUGCAUAAUAGAAGUAAUAACAAGUAUUCAUAUACAAGUAAUUCUGAUGACAACUUACUGAAGAAUAUUGAACUAUUUGACAAAUUAGCUCUGCGGUUCAAUGGAAGGGUUCUCUUCAUCAAAGAUGUUCUUGGAGAUGAGAUCUGCUGCUGGUCCUUUUAUGGACAGGGCCGUAAGAUCGCUGAAGUCUGCUGUACCUCCAUUGUCUAUGCCACUGAGAAGAAGCAGACCAAGGUAGAGUUCCCAGAAGCCCGGAUCUUUGAGGAAACCCUGAACAUCUUGAUUUAUGAGACACCGCGAGUGCCAGACAGGGCCCUCCUGGAGGCAACUGGUGGAGUAGCAGGUGGAGGUGGAGGUCCCCUCCGUGCAGGUGAUGAUGAAGACGGACGAGAGCACCGUGUCCGACGCAUCCACGUCCGGCGACACAUCAUGCAUGAUGAGCGCCCUCAUGGCCACCAAGCAGUUUUCAAAGACUGAUCCCUCCUCACUCCUAGUACCCACAUUACUCCAUCCAUUCGGUGCCAAAGGAAGACAUGUGUCCUCCUUUUGACUUUUCCUUCCAAAGUCUUCUCAGUGGUAUUCACUUCCUUUCUAACUCCCUCUCCUUGGAGGUUUAUUCUUCCAUCCUCUACUAUUCCUUGAAUUCAUAGCCAACCGAAAUCCUCUUUCCUACCUUUAUUGUAACAGUUAAUACCUUGACCUGCCCUUCAUUUUACUGGCAUGUCCUCACUUGUUGAUUUUUCCUUAACAUUUGAGUCUUAAUGCUUUUGACUUUCCAUGCUAUUUUCUUUUGAACCUUUACUGGCCUCAUAAUCUUCUACAGUCAACUCUAACCUGGACUAUAGUCCUUUCCUCCUAACCUCUUUGACCCAGAAUGUCUUCCUUUUAGACUGGAGACCUCUUGGCUCUUAACUUAGGAUCCAUGAAAUAACAUUAAUAAAAAAUAUCUUUGUGGGGGUAAAGAUAUUAAUCAAAGGCACCUACAUUGCACUUCAGCUAAAUAUUGUAUGUGUAACUUGACCUCUUAUUGUUUUUCAGAAGUCAAGGGCAAGACGUUGCCUAGGUUGAUGUGUGUGUUUAUACAUACAUAUCCCCCAACAUAUAUAGAAACUAAUUUCUCGAUUCAAAGUGUCUAGGUUCUUUGAUCUUCCGUCCUUCACCUUAGAACAGGUUUUAUGCUGAACCCACCAUCCUUUUUUCAUUGUUUACUUGGUUUAUCUUAUCACCAAUAUGAAGGGGGGGAAACCUAGAUUUAAGGUACUGAAACUGUUCUGGUUAAAGCUGUGACUACACUCCUUUUAAAGGUUGUUUUAGAAUGGACAAAGUUGUAAUGGAAUAACUUUACAAUGGAAUAACUUGUAUUAUGUAUUAUACCCCAUUUUGAGUGCUUUGGGGCAGAUUUUUUUAAACUGGGUUUAGUCACCUGUGAGCAUGGAUGACUAAAUCCAGUUUAGAAUAACUCAGACCAAAGUUGUCAACCUUUUCACUAGAACAGAUGGUAAACAGAAGCAUCCUUGAAGGCAGUUAGUUAAUUUACCUGCUCUUCUCCUGUGAGGAAAACUCUGGAUUUGCUUAAAAGAUUUUUUCCCUUUUGUGGAUCAAAAACCAGUUUGAUGUGUGUGUCAUGCUAUCUGGAUCCAUCCAAAUUCUCCCCUCCCAUCCACUUAUGGCAUAAUAGUCUGUGUUUCAGAAUACAUCAGCUUCAAAACUCCCAUUAAAGCUGCCAUCCUACCCCCCACAAUCUAGUGCAAGAUUCAGGUGUAUGAUACCCUUAUUUAUCCUCAUCUUCCAACCAAGUAUUCUCUCCUGUCCUUGCCCCUUUCAGUCCCUUUGUUCUAUAUAGGGAAUGGUUGGCAGCUUCACACCACCUUCAGCAAAACGUAAUAUGGGGCAUUCUAGCAGCCCUUUCGUUGAUGGUGUUGGGGCUCGGGGGAGAGGGCUGUAAGGUGAGUAAUGAACCAUUGCAUUUAUAAAAAUGUAGUACUGGUAAAGGUACUUUUGCAGGGGAGAAGGUGUUCUUCCUCUCCCCUCUUUGUUGUUGUUUCUUUCGGUAUAUCCUCCCCUCCCUGGAGGAGGUAAUCUUGCAUUAAUUAUUGUAACUUUUUUUUUGUAUUUGCAUUAUUUAUUUUAAAUUGUUUUUUUUUCUAUUAAAUUAUUGUAAUAAAGGUUCCUGCUUUAAAAAAAA